AAUGAGCUCACUUGACGCGCAGACCUGUUGCUCGACUCUAAGGCAAAGGGUCGAGAAAUCAUCGAGAGUGAUUUCCGCGGAGCCACGCGGAUAGACACCGUAAUCCACGGCGGGCAAGAACUAAGGGAAAACCUGAAAUUUCGGUGGAGAAUAUUAAUUAGUGGAUGAAAUAUUAAUUGAUGGAUGUACAAUUUAUUUACAAAUUCGCACUGAAUUUAUAUUGAGAUUAAAGAGUACAUUUCACCCUACAAAUGAGGAUGGGACAAUUGGAAAUCUGCAUUUUCUCUGCUUUUCUGAUAUUAUUACACAGCCCAAACACUGUCCCAGUCACAGUGAGCAGCAACAAGGCCAGAGUGGAGGUCCCUGAGGAUGCAGACGCUGAGCUGUCUUGUUUAUUUAAGACAGAGAAAGAAACCAAUCCCCGUAUUGAAUGGAAGAAGAAGGGCAAGGAUGUGUCCUUCGUCUACUAUAAUGGAGAAUUUACAGGGGACUUCACUGGCCGUGCAAAGAUCGAAGGGGCCACAGUGACCCUGUACAAGGUGACCCAGAAAGACACGGGCGAAUAUCGCUGUGAGGUCAGUGCCCCGGAGGACCGAGUCAAGCUGGGCGAGACCAACGUCACCCUCAAAGUGCUAGUACCCCCCCACACACCGCUGUGUGAGAUCCCCAGUUCGGCAGUGACGGGCAGUACUGUGGAGCUGCGCUGUAAGGACAAACAGAGUGUCCCUCCCGCCAUCUACACUUGGUACAAGGACAACACAAAGCUGAGUGUCACCCGCUGGCCCAACAUCACCUACACGCUGGACACCCACACUGGCACGCUGCUAUUCGACACCAUCUCUCGGGCUGACGCGGGACAGUACCGCUGUGCAGCCUCCAACGGAGUGGGAGCGCCCAAGAGCUGUGAGGGGAAACACAUGAAGAUCGAUGAUGUGAACAUAUCAGCCAUAAUUGCUGUGGUUGUGGUGGUCUUCAUAAUCCUGGUGUGUAGCCUGGGGGUCUACUAUGCCUAUCGGCAGGGCUACUUCAAAAAGGGCCACAAUGGAAGGUCCUUCUGGAUACCACAGUGUCAUGGCAUCGCCCACAUCAGCAGCCAGAACCUACACAGAGCAGAUGACAUCAAUAACACCAACUAUGAGCCUCCACAAUAUACUGAGGAUUUCAGCCACACCAAGUCCUUCAUGCUGUGAGGAUUCAGUGCGCUGUCCCUAUCAACAUCCAAAUGGCAGUCGCUGGACUGGGCGCAACCAUCGAUCCACUAAGGGUGUGAUUCACAUGCUGGUUGAGGAGACAGGGAGGAUAGCACAAUGACCCUUCACCCCCUGCUCUGCUACACGGAAAUAUUUAUCCUGUCCACCUACUCCCUCUACUGGCCAAUCCAUGAACUGUCCUCUGUCUCUGCAUUGAUUGAUUGCCAGUUGAACCUUAAUCACCUUGAGAGAAAAAAAAAACCUGCUGUACUACUUUUUUUCCUUUUUUACUUGGGCUGUAUAUAUC